UUGGAAUAAGAACACUACAAGAAACCUUCUGCAACAAUUUGAAUAAACCUAAACCACCGCCAUCCUCCAACUCUUAUCCACAAAAUGUCCAACGCAGUGGCUUUGCCCUGUCUUGGCAUAGUCAGCAAGGCACGCCGGCCACGUCAGACGGCCAAGACAAAGCCAAGCAAAAUCCCGCCGCCGUCGACGACGAGUAUCGGGUUCGGGACGAAGAGGAGGGAGCAGACGUGGCAGUGCAUAGAGGGUUGUGGAGCUUGCUGCAAGCUCGAAAAAGGUCCCUCCUUUGCUACCCCUGAAGAAAUCUUCAAUAACCCAACUGACAUUGAGCUUUACAGAAGCAUGGUGGGUGCAGAUGGGUGGUGUGUGAACUUCGACAAAGGCACACGCAAGUGCUUAAUUUACAAUGAUCGUCCCUAUUUUUGUCGUGUGGAGGCAGAGGUUUUUCAAUCACUGUAUGGGAUUAAUGAGAAGAAGUUCAACAAGGAGGCCUGCAGGAGCUGCAGGGACACCAUAAAGUCUGUUUAUGGUCCUCAUUCAAAAGAGUUGGUUAACUUCAACAGCGCAGUAACUUCAAGCUCCAGCAGCAAUAGUUGUUAAAUGAAUGCAUUGCUAAUUAUGACAAAUUUGCAGCAAACUGGUAUAACAAAUUUGGGCAAGAUUCACUUUUGAUGGACCUUCAAAUUCCUCACUCAAUUCAGAGCACCAAACUGGCCAAUGAUUAGUGAUCUCCACUUGGGGAAGAAACUUCGAGAGCCAGAGUUUUUCGGCAUCUGCAGAUUCUGAGACAAGAAAUAGGCUUAUCCAAAGUGACAAUUUAAUGUAAUUCACAAAGUGCUUAUUUGAAUCUUUCAACAUUUUUGUUUACAAGGUUGAGGACUUGGACAUACCUCAGAACACUUUGUACCAAAACCAUCUUAAAAAUGAUUGGUUUCGCAUAAAGAGCUCAGUUUGCUUAAUCUACUUGAUUUAGAAUUAAUUUGUACAGCUGUCGAAUACUGAUCAUAUUUGAUUUACAAUUGAACACACGGACUUAUCAGAUUAAGCUCAGAGUUGUAGGAGCGUGAGAAAAUUGCGUGGACAUAUGACCUCUAAGCCAGUGAAAGCUCUCAAACUUGGUCCAAGACCACCAGUCUGUUAAAACCGUUAUUUCAAGAAGAUUCAUAACCACCACAGAUCCAAAUUCAAGAACUUCUCCUCACACACUUUGUUCACCUCCUCCUCUUUCUCUCCCUCUCUCCAAAAUGCCAAAGUUGAUGAUCUCACAAACCUCAACUUCAACCAUGUCCAUACUUCUCCUUGUAGCUUUCUUGGCCCUCACUCCCACCAUUGAAGCCCUCUGCUCAGACACCGUGUUCACUUCCCUCUCGUCAUCUGGCUUCACACUCUUUGCUCAUGCUUUGCAUUCCCACAACCUCACCGCCACCGCCAACACUACCGUCACCUGUUUCAUCCCGCCCGAUGACAGCUUCUUAGGGCAACCCCUCAAUGCCAACACCCUCCGAGCUCACAUCUACACGUCGGAGGCCUUGCCUUACCAGUCCCUCCUUAGGCUUCCACUGAACACCACCCUCCCAGCUCUCCACCACAACACAAGGCUUGUUUUCGGCACUGAUGGCAAAAGGGUCUCUUUCAAUGACGUUCUUGUCACUGCCCCGAAUCUCCACAUUGAUGAUUCUUGUGCUGUUCAUGGCGUUGAAGGGCCUUUGGUGCCAAUCCCAUCAUUGAUGGAUGAUGUCCCGAGGCCAAGAACCGAGACUCUGCCAUCUCCAGCCUUGCCAAAGCAUCGGGGUCAUCGUCGGUUUGCAGAGAUUGUCAGGUUUGUUCGUCGUGCACCCAAUCCAGUUAUUGUGGAUGGGGAUCAAGACACCUACCUCCCUUGAGAAUUUUUGAAGUCUUGGCAAUGUUUCUUUGUCUUGACGGGAUAUUUGAUGUUUUACUGUUAGUCGAGCAUUUCGAUUCUGGUUGUUAAUCUUUGUGAUUUAGGGAGUCAUAUUGUUUGAGAUUUAGCUGGUUUUGGGUCGAAAGAGUUUGUCAAAUCAUGGUGCAGUUUCCAUUUCUUGUGGAACCAGAAAUGCUGUGUAAUUGUAAACCAUAAUGAAAUACCAUUUGGGAUUUAUUCCAAA